ACCAGUUAGAGAACCGAAAAUGGCAGCGGUCACAAACAUGUGGGCAAGGUCUGCAGCUCGAUUUUGCUUAUUAAGAGGAAGUAACAGAGUGCAGUUUCUUAGACCAUUUUCAACAGCAGCAGAUGGGAGGCCUGCUGAUGCUAGUGACAGUGUAAAAUCAGAAGAGACAGUACAGAAUGCUGCACCAGGAGCAGAGAAGCUAGAAGUAUCUGCAGCAGAGAAAGCUUUGAUUGAAGAGAAGUCCAAACUUCAGGAGGAUCUAAAGGAGCUAAAAGAAAAGUACAUUCGUGCUUUAGCAGAAACGGAAAACGUCCGUCAGCGAAUGAACAAACAAGUAGAUGAUGCAAAGUUAUAUGGGAUCCAAGGCUUUUGCAAGGAUCUUCUGGAGGUUGCAGAUAUCUUAGGCACAGCCACUACAAGUGUUCCUCAAGAGCAACUUACUGAUGCUAACCCUCACCUCAAGAAUCUUUUCGAUGGACUCAAAAUGACAGAAACCCAGCUGCAGAAAGUUUUUGGGAAACAUGGUCUCUUUAAAAUAGCCCCUAGUGAGGGGGAAAAGUUUGACCCUAACUUUCAUGAAGCAUUGUUCCAAGUACCAACCUCAGACAAAAAGGGGGACACAAUUGCCAUUGUCCAGCAGAUAGGUUACAGGCUGCACGACAGGACACUGAGACCAGCUAGAGUUGGAGUGUUCAAGGCUUCUUAGAAAAUUUUAUAACUGUUAGCAUGAACCCACUUAAGUUUAUCAGGUAGUUCAUGUAAGUUUGCAAUGCUCAGAAAAGUGUCAGCUGGAAAAGAAAAGUGGUUAAGUUAACCAGUGAGGAACUGCUGCAGGCUACUAGGAAAAGAAAUGAAUGAUGCAUGUUGUCAACACAAGUUUGAAGUUAUCAACAUUAUUUGUUUUAUGACAUUUAAAUGCUUAGAAACACAAAAUAAAGGAUUGGAGGAAAAUGUGUUACUCUAUACAAUUAAAUGGAUUUUACAUAGCAUUUGUCUAUUAGAUAACAAAUUCUGAGACUUUUAUAAUCAGCUGCCUUUGGAAUUAAUAAUAGAUGGAAGGAAACUCUUCUUGGUAAAAAAAAAAGACAUUUACAGAAACACAUAAAAUUUGAUUUCAGAUGACAUGUCAGAUAAAAUGCAGGGUUCUAGAUUUGGAAAUACUAAUAUCAGGCGCAAAGAUGUUUGGAACAGAAAAAAGAGGUUUGUGGAAAACGGCCCAUCACAAGUUAUCUCCCCUGACACAUGAGACUAAUAAUUUUCCGCUUGAGGUUAGAGCCAUACAGUUCACCUCAGGUUCUAUGUUGUUGAUUUCAGAUGAGAGAAGGUCUUUUAAAGAAUAUGAUAUCAAGACUGGGUCAUUAUGCUGUCUCGCUUUCAUUUGUAUGCAAUCAUUCCUCUGUGUCACACAUUCUAACGCCUACAUCCCCUCCUCACCCCAACAUCCAUGUGUGUGUGUGUGCGGCUUACACUCUUGUUACCACAAUAAUCAAGAUUGUCCAUGCCAUGGCCUCUGCAGUUUAUGAGAUAUAUAUGUUAAAGCCGCAGCAGAGCACUUAAGCCAUCGGGAAGGGAAGGUGGAUGGCCGAUUUUUAAAAUCACUGGCAUCCAAACUGUGAGUCACAUCAGCAUGAUUCUUUUGUGGUGCUACAAGCUUUCCCUCAGUCACCCCAACUGUGUGAAAUGAGUAGCUACAGGGUUAAUUACUAGAGAGGAGUUACUCUACAUAGGGUUGGAGGAGGUAGUGCACUGCCUGCACAUAGAGCUGGCCCUGCAAUAGUGAAGUCUCUAACAUCUCCAAAAUGACCUUUAAAAUCGUACAGGUUAGGGAACGACCAUUACCCCAUAGUGGUUAGGAUACUCAUAAUGGGAACUGCUUUCUUGAUCCCUGCACAAUUCUGUUUAUAUUUAAAAAAAAAAAGUACUCAAUUUAUCCUACACUAUAAAUGGGCCUAGAGGGCUGCAUGAAAUCUCUGUUACAUGAUAUAGGAAGCGGUUUGUCUGUGACCAAUAGCUUACAUCUUGUGUCGCAUAUGGGGAAUGUCAGCAUGUGACUGGCCUUAAAUGUGUUUGUCAUGUUAAGUAAAGUCUGCCUGUUGAAUGCUGUUUUGUUUGUCCCUUGAAGCACUCAUCAGAAUUCUCUCAUAUGUACAGAUAGAAGUGUUUUGUGAUAUUGAAUGAAACAUUAAUUCACAUAUAUUUAAAUGAUUUAGUGAUAAUUAAAUAAAUUUAAUAAAUAAAAA